ACUUUGGCAGUUAUGGAGCCAUCUGACAUUCGAAGGAAAAAGAUAGCUGUCGUUGGUGGUGGCUUGGUUGGAUCAUUAAAUGCAUGCUUCCUUGCAAAGAGGAAUUUCCAAGUUGAUGUAUAUGAAGCUAGGGAAGAUAUCCGAGUGGCUAAAUUUGCACGUGGAAGAAGCAUUAACUUGGCCCUUUCUUAUAGAGGACGACAAGCCUUGAACGCCAUUGGCCUGGAAGAUCAGGUUGUAUCCCAAGGCAUCCCCAUGAGAGCAAGAAUGAUUCACUCUCUUUCAGGGAAAAAGUCUGCAAUUCCCUAUGGGACCAAGUCACAGUAUAUUCUUUCUAUAAGCAGAGAAUAUCUAAACAAGGAACUAUUGACUGCUGUUGAGAAAUACCCCAAUGUGAAGGUGCACUUUGGCCACAGGCUGUUGAAAUGUAAUCCUGAGGAAGGAGUGAUCACAGUGCUUGGAUCUGACAAAGUUCCCAUAGAUGUCACUUACGACCUCAUUGCAGGAUGUGAUGGAGCAUACUCCACUGUCAGAAGUCACUUCAUGAAGAAACCCCGCUUUGAUUACAGUCAGCAGUACAUUCCUCAUGGGUACAUGGAGCUCACCAUCCCACCCAAGAAUGGGGAUUACGCCAUGGAACCUAAUUACCUGCAUAUUUGGCCUAGAAAUACCUUCAUGAUGAUUGCGCUUCCUAACAUGAAUAAAUCUUUCACGUGUACUUUGUUCAUGCCCUUUGACGAGUUUGAAAAACUUGUAACCAGCAGUGAUGUACUGGAUUUCUUCCAGAAGUACUUUCUAGAUUCCAUCCCUCUAAUUGGAGAGCAAACCCUGGUACGAGAUUUUUUCCUGUUGCCGGCACAGCCCAUGAUAUCUGUGAAGUGCUCUUCUUUUCACCUGAAGUCACACUGUGUGCUGAUGGGGGAUGCAGCUCACGCCAUUGUGCCCUUUUUUGGGCAAGGAAUGAAUGCAGGCUUUGAAGACUGCUUGGUAUUUGAUGAGUUAAUGGAUAAAUUCAAUAACGACCUUAGUAUGUGUCUUCCUGAAUAUUCAAGAUUGAGAAUUCCAGAUGACCACGCGAUCUCAGACUUGUCCAUGUACCAUUACAUAGAGAUGAGAGCACAUGUCAACUCGAAGUGGUUCAUCUUCCAAAAGAACAUGGAAAGAUUUCUUCAUGCUAUUAUGCCAUCUACCUUUAUCCCUCUCUAUACUAUGGUCACUUUUUCCAGAAUAAGAUACCAUGAGGCAGUGCUGCGUUGGCAUUGGCAGAAAAAGGUGAUAAAGAAAGGACUCUUUUUCUUUGGGGCACUGAUAGCCAUUGGUAGUACCUACCUACUUAUGAGCUCCAUGUCACUGAGACCCCUGCACUACUUCAGAAGACCAUGGGACUGGCUCACUUACUUCCAGAUAACAGGACAUGUUUCCCUGUAAACUCCAUGGAGUCACUAGAAAAAAAUCCCAAUAUCAUUAGCAGGUGAUAUAAAGAUUCUGAAGUGGCAAAUGGAUUUCUUUUUAUCUAAAACUAAGGAUCAAAACCAUGUUUCUAUCAUCAUCUUUAACUCACUAGUGAAAGAUAUAUGUCAGCUUACAAUUAAAUUCAGUAUAGAAUUUC